UUCAAGUGUGCAGCGAUGAACGUGUGCAGUGGUUCGUCUGCGUUUUAUCAAUGAAUUCUGCGCUCCCGUGAUCCAAUCAGCCAAUGAGCAGCUCGCACCUGCAGCCGUUCACAGCUUGGUAGCUUCAAGAGGUCACUACACUUUGAAACGUGGAAGGGAGAGCGUGAUUGUAAUGCCGUUGAAAAAUAGCAACACCGUGGCUUUGGAGAGACGCGUGGAUCUGGCCUCGCUUUUCUGUAUGAUCGGGCGGCACGGCCCAGCCGUGGCUCUGGCAGUGAUAGCCAUGGUGUCCGUGGUGGCGGGUUUCAUCAUCUACCGAACCGUGAGGGGGAAGCGGAGAAAGGCCACAGCCGGAGCCACAAGCACCGACAGUGACAGCAGGGACGCCGGAGCGGAGACGCUUAUACCGCCGGAUCAGGAGCCGGAGCCGAGCCCGGAGGAUUUGCGCAUCUCGGCGGACUCAACAGUUGUGAAAGGUGAAGGCUCUUUAGAUGUGGAGGAUACUGCUCUUAAAAUCAGGCAUCGGCGUCUCACUGCUGAGAAAAAACCGCCGCCUGACCGUCAACCCAAAGGUGACUCGGUGCAAGACAACAAGCACAGUGCUUCAGUGGAGCAGGUAGCAGAGCUGCAUGCAGAGGAGGAAGACAAAGGUGCUGAAAUUGAUGUGGAAACUGAUGGCACUAUGAAGGAUGCUGACGAGGAAGGUGAAAAUGAGGUGAUACAGAGCCACAAAGAGGAAAUGACGGUAUUACAAGAAAAAUGCCACGAUGAUGAUGUGCCCACUGAAAUAGAUGUGUCGAAUAAGGAGGCCAGUCAAGAGGAGGAAAACCUUCUGGACAUUUCAAAGAGCACAGAGGCCAACUUGGAAGAACCCAUCGUUCAUAUUGAAGACGUACCUGUUGCUUCCAUCUGUUAUUUCAAAGAUGUGAAAUUUGACGAAAAGAAUCUUCAAGGUGUCACUGAUUUCUCUAAUGAUUAUAGCAACAAUCAACAUUUUCCAGAGGAAGAAAAGAAAAGUGGUGGUGAGGAGGCAAAUGAGGAGUUGGUAGAUAACCAACUGACUUCUCAACAAGCUGAGAUCAGCUCCACAGUGUUUGUUGAAGUAACCAAGCUACAGGGCCAGUGUCAUGAGGUGAUGCUAUCCUUUCAACAAAAUGCAGAUGAAGGCAAUGUGAGUGAUUCAGCGGAUCUAAACUUCAACAGUCACCUGCUACAACUGGCUGAACAAAACAAUGAAAGUGAGCUUGCCUGCGAUCAAGACAGUGAUGUAAAAGAGGAAGUACCCACUGAGGACAUUGCCUCACGUGAUGAACAAAGUAAUCCUUCAAGUGUAGUACUGGACCACACCCUGGCCUGUUUGAACCAGAUGCUUGAGCCAGAAAACAUAAAUGGUGAUGAUAGCCCAAGCAGUAUAACAAAAGGGGAAAUGCCCACAGCUGAGAAUAUUGCCUCACGUGAUGAAGAAAGUAAUCCUUCAAGUGUGGUACUGGACACCACCCUGCCCUGUUUGAACCAGAUGAUUGAGCCUGAAAACACUGAUAAUGGUGAUUCUAGCAGUGUAGUAAAUUAUGCAAAGGCCCAAAUCUCUGGCAUUGGGGAAAUCUCCAGCUUGUCAUCAGAUCAACAGCAACCACAAAGCAACAUAAAUGAAGAUGACAUUUCCCAAGCUCUGGGAGUCACCAGUGGGGCUGCUCCUGUCACAUCUGAGGAUGGUAAACUUCCUGUACUUCAGAUUCACCUGCCCUCUUUUGAGCAAAGUGAGCCGACUUGGUCAUACUCUGGUCUUGGUGGUGAGAGUGGAAUUUCAAGCAUGACUGUCAGCCCUGAUUUGCCAGAUGUUAUCAAUGAGUAUGACAUGCCAACUGAAAAUGUGGCACUCGCAGUAAAAGAUGAUGCACAGUUCGAAAAGCACACUGAGGCUCAGAACAGCCUCCUUGAUGAUGAGGCUCAAUCUGCCAUGAAUGAAGAUCUAGCAAAUGUGGUAUCCAGGUCUUACCCAUCAUUUUUUUCCCAGCAGCCCCUCAUUGAGCAAAUCGACUGGGCUAAUGACAGUUCUUUAGUAGCCAAUGAAGAUGUUUUGGGACAUGAAAUUGAGGAUCGCUACUAUAGAGAGAUGGACCAGGCUAUGGAGCAGAUGACAGCCAACGUUACUAGCUUAACCGAUGAGCUCGCAGUGCAAACAGACAUGAAGGCUGAUAUCAAGGUUGUUGAAAUCAAUCAGAAGAUGGAAAGGGCAGAGAAAGAGAAGGAGGAAGAGGACUAUGAAAAGACUGAAAUCAGUAUCAUGGAGGCAACUAUGGACAAUAAUGAAUGGAUCACAGAUGGAAACUACCAAGUUCUUCCCUGGAUGAACCAGUCUGUCCCUCCUUUUGCCCAAAACCACACACAACCUGACCCAGUUUCUACUGAAGAUGACCAUCCAGGUGCGUCUGUCACAGGUGCUACUUGUGUAGAUGCAGAUGCAUCUCUUUCCUUGAAUGAUGUGAAACAGGCUAUCCCGCUUUCCCCUGUUCAUGAAAAUGGCAAAAAGGUUGUGGCAGUCCAGCCCAUGCCCCAGAAAGUCAAUGUGACUUUCCGCAUCCAUUAUCUCACCCACUCACCAAACCAGAAGGUGGCCAUCACGGGGAGCCAGCAAGAGCUGGGGAACUGGAAGAAAUUCAUCCCGCUCGAGAGAGCCAAGGAUGGGAAUUGGGCCACUGUUGUCAGCCUGCCUGCAGAGAGCAUUGUGGAGUGGAAGUUUGUGGUGAUGGACAAGGGUGAGGUGUGUCGUUGGGAAGAAUGUGGAAACCGCCUCCUGGAUACGGGCUAUGGAGACGACCUGCUUGUGCACAAAUGGUGGGGAUUAUUGUAAAAGAUUUGUUGAAAAUGCUGCAGUUUGAGAUCAGCAGGUGCACCAGAUAUUCAAACUGUGUUCACGACCAGGUAAAGUUGCGUUUAUGUUUGUCAGUAAAUUGAUAAAACAUUGUGAUUAAAUUUGGGGCACAAAAGUAUUGGUUCAAACUGGGCUAAUUUUGGUUGAAAGAAACUAUUUCUACUUGCUCAGAUUGCAAAUUUCCAAUUUUUAUAGCAGAAACGAUAAAUGAUCUUUUAGUGUUAAAUUCAUUAGUCUAUUGAAGUAAAAUGCUCUUUAGCUUUUUUCUUUUUUUUUUUUUCCUUUAUUAUUUGUGCAAGCAAAAAUUUCAAACUUGAGCCUUGUGGUGUGUCUUUGUUUCCCACAUACCAAUUCUGAGAAUGGCUUUGACUUCUACAGUUUUAAAUCAUUUAAACAUCAUUUUACUAAUAUAAGACUUGGAAACAUGAAAUUUCAACCAGAUUUAUUCCAGUAUAAACCUAGAUGCAGUAUACAGGUGAUGAAAACUUCCAGCAACACAAUUCCCUAACAGACUAGCUCUUAUAAAACAUCUGAUGGGACCUUCUAAAAGCCAGUAAUUAGGUAUGCGUUUUCAGGGAACAGGAAGUAUUUUGAUCAAAACACUGAACCAUUACACAAGAUGGCUUUUUUCCCCUUUUACAAUACCACAGAUUAUGCAAACUACUCCUUAACAGGAUGAUUUAAUGCAAGCGUGAAUGAAGAGAUUACUGUCCAUAUGCUGCUUGAAUAUGCCUAUCUAUAACGACAAAUGCACAUAAUAAAAUUUUACUAAAGCAAUAAAUACAGCAAUAAUUGUCCUGUACGAUCGUUGUUACAUCAGGUACUCUUAACGGAUUUACCACUAAACUGUGAUAGUUGUAACUUCAAUGCUGCUUUUAUCUCAUGGGACUAUUUGCAUGCAAGACAGUCCCAUUGUUGUUCAAUAAAUGUGCCUUGUGAAAAUAAUUUUCUAUUGUGUUGUAAUGCAUCAAACGUGUCUUUUGAAUAAUUUGAUUUGCUAAUUAUCUUAAGAGAAAAUUAUUCACUACAGUUAUCUGGUUCAUCAUUUGGUUCUUAACUGGUGUAGACUAUAGCCUUUGUGUCUGAUUCUAUCAUUGUAUCCUGAUAUGAAAUAUUGUGAUGAUGCUACUUCUGAAUGUUGGUUAUUGUGGAGAUGGUUAUUAAAUAAACUAAUCUUAAAUCUCA